GCCUCUCGCGCUCGCGGGGACUGCCACGCUCAGUGCGGUCCCCAGCCCCGCGCCUGCCGCUCCCGCACCCGUGUCGCAGAGCUGCCCAUGGCUGACCUGAGCUUCAUUGAGGAUGCAGUCGCCUUCCCCGAGAAGGAGGAAGACGAGGAAGAGGAGGAGGAGGAGGGCGUGGAGUGGGGUUACGAGGAAGGUGUUGAGUGGGGCUUAGUGUUUCCUGAUGCUAAUGGGGAGUACCAGUCACCUAUCAACCUAAACUCCAGAGAAGCCAGGUAUGACCCCUCACUGCUGGAUGUCCGCCUGUCUCCAAAUUAUGUGGUGUGCCGGGACUGUGAAGUCACCAACGAUGGACACACCAUUCAAGUCAUCCUGAAGUCAAAAUCAGUCUUGUCAGGAGGACCACUGCCUCAGGGACAGGAGUUUGAGCUGUAUGAAGUUAGAUUUCACUGGGGAAGAGAAAACCAGCGUGGUUCUGAGCACACGGUCAAUUUCAAAGCCUUUCCCAUGGAGCUCCACCUGAUCCACUGGAAUUCCACACUGUUUGGCAGCAUCGAUGAGGCGGUUGGGAAGCCCCAUGGUAUCGCCAUCAUUGCACUAUUUGUUCAGAUCGGGAAGGAACAUGUUGGCUUGAAGGCUGUGACUGAGAUCCUCCAGGAUAUUCAAUAUAAGGGAAAAUCCAAAACAAUUCCAUGCUUUAAUCCUAACACUUUAUUACCAGACCCUCUUCUGCGGGAUUACUGGGUCUAUGAAGGAUCUCUUACUAUCCCACCUUGCAGCGAAGGAGUUACCUGGAUAUUAUUCCGAUACCCUUUAACUAUAUCCCAGAUGCAGAUAGAAGAAUUUCGAAGGCUGAGGACACAUGUCAAGGGGGCAGAACUGGUGGAGGGCUGCGAUGGGAUUUUGGGAGACAAUUUCCGACCUACCCAGCCCCUGAGUGAUAGAGUCAUCCGAGCGGCCUUUCAGUAGCCAGAGAGACCGGGAACAAACCCAUCUGCAUCAGUGAAGAAGACAGUGGUCCCACGGAGUCCUUUGAUGAGGAGUGGAAACUCCUGAGUGGCAGCUUUGUUUUAACCCUCAAGCCUGCAUUAUCUUCAGUUACUGCAGUGUUGAUGGAUAUCUGUGACCAUUGUCUGUAUACAUGCUGUUAUGAAAUAUUAGAAGUGGCUGUUCAUUUUAAAGAAACACAGUGUGUGUGUGCACACACCACAGCUUCUGGAAUUCAUACUUUUGCACAUACUGCUUGUUGCUUAUGUGUAGAAAGAAUGAAAGUAGUUUUCAGACAUACUAAUAUGACUGUAUUAUAUAUCAAUAUGAGAUAAGAAAAGCACAUUCCCAGAGCCAAGUCAUUUAUUUCCUGUCUGUAUUAGAAAAUAUGCUCACUAGUGUAUUUCUUGAUAAUAAAGCAAGAUGUUUGAUCUACAACAGCUUAGAACAUCAAAAUACAAUAUGAAGGAGUCAUAAAAAUUAUCUCGUGUUGUUUUUGCAAUAAUUGCACCAAAUUUAAUGUCAAACUGGUUUGUCAUGGAAAAAAUUUUGAAGUUAAUGCAAAGAUACUUUAUAUAUUAUUUUUAAAAAGAAUUUAAUUGAAUCUAAUAUACUUAUGGCAUAUCUGAAUGUAUGGCUUCUAAGGAGUUAAGAAUAGCAUAAAAAUAGAUAGGAGGAAAGAUGGGGACAGCAUACCAGUAAUAGCUUUGUUUCCAUAAUAGAAAUAAAAAUCCACUAGUAUACUAUGUUAAUUUAGUAUUGUAUACUUUUUAAGUCUUCAAAAUACGUUAUAGAUUGCACAUCUGUAGUGGGAUAAGAUAAGGGUCAACCAUACCCUUCUUUUCAGUUAAGCUCAUCUUCAGUCAUAUCUCAGUUCAAUGUGACAGAAUGGUGUAAAAUGGUAGAGAUAAUGGAAGAAAGCAACUACUUCCCAAAUAAAUUUUAUUGACUGUUUUAAUUGUUGCACUCUCAAUUUGGAGGGAUUGUGUGCUGGUAGCUAGAAUAAGCACCGAUUUAGAGGUUUUAGAUCUGUUGGUAAAGGGAAACAAUACAAAAAAAAAAAAAAUCACAAGAGAUCUCCCUGAAAACAGAAGCAAAGGAAGUUCAACAUAGAGUCUUGGGCAGGAAGGAAAACUAGAGCCAUUGUCCUGAGGGAAGUGGGAUACAGGAAGAUUCAGUAUCCCUGGAACACAACAGAACAGCCACACGCAGGGUCUCUGAUGACAGAGAGAGUGCCUGCAUCCUGCCUCUUUGAAGUUUUUAGUAUUUGCUAAAAUGAAAAUGUUAAAAUAUAGGCUAAACAAACAAACAAAAUGAACCCUGAAAUUGAAAUCUUUAUAGCUUCCAAGCUAGCAAGCACUAUGAAAUCCAUGUUCAGCCAUGACUAUGGGGAUGUCAUAGUUUAUAGCUAAUAGACUAGACUGAAAGGCCGUCAUGGGGUGUCAGUUACAUGGUUCUCCUGGUGAUACUUUGGUAGUACAGUGCUUGGGACACAGUCAUGCAGAGAGGUCUAUGUCUCCACUCCUACAGAGUUGACCUAGACUUGCAUUUUCAUGUCUCAUCCUUCCUAUAGUCUUCAUCCAUCUUACUCUGAAACAUAUAAAGUGGAAAAUGAAAUGUAAUGAAAAACCUACCGUGAUUGUCUUCCAGAAUGAUAUCUAGACGUCAUAAGAAUUUCAUAAAGCAACCAAAUUUAUUUUUUGCGUUUUUUUUUUCUUAAAUGACCAUUUAAGAUUAGUAUCCAUGGUGAAUUUUGUAGAGCAAUUUUAAUCCAGCAACGUGGCUGUUCUGGAAAGAAAUCAUAUUGAAAGACUUUCUUGGUCUGGGCAAUCCACACCUAUAAUCCCUCUGGCUAGAAUACAGAUAUGCCCUUAGUGCACAUCCUGAAUCUGAAACAAUGUAGGCAAUGUUAGUUUGCAGAAGGAAGCAACUAAAAGUGAUGUCUCAUUGAGGGGUAGACAAAGUUACAAAUCAGAGAAAGAUUUGGCAGAACAAAUCAGAUGUAGGAUACCCCAACUCUAAGGAGCACAGGAGAGGUGGGGGGGUCGGGGGGGGGGCGAGCAGUUCAGUGAGCACAGUUCAGUUGAGUUCAGGCAACGCAGUGUUGUGCAGUUGAGUGCGGUUUGCUGUAGUUGAGAUGAAUGCCGUUGAGUUCAGUUGAGUUUGUGCAGUUCUGCUUAGUUCCAUUCAGUUCCUGCCGGCAAUACAGUUCAGUUUGGGGAAAUUCAAGAGGCAGUUUUUCCAAGCAGAGCAAUUCAGAGAGAAGCCAAGAGAAUCCCGUCUUGAAUUAGUCACUUUGGAGAGGAGUUUGAGUCAGAACAGCUGAGUUGAAUGAGCUAGGCAGAGUUCAGAGAGAAGUAGAAAAGGUGAUUUAUUCAGCAAUAAGGCUCCGAGAUGACAGUUACAUCUGGUGAAUAAAAGGUACUUUUACAGAGCCUUUGUAUUCUUUCUAUCUUUUGCCCCCCCCCCCCUUUUUUGAGUUUUUUGAGACAGGGUUUCUCUGUGUAGCUCUGUCUGUCCUGGAACUCACUUUGUACACCAGGCUGGCCUCGAACUCAGAAAUCCUCCUGCCUCUGCCUCCCGAGUGCUUUGGCUCCCCCCCCCCUUUUUUUGAGAAAAGUUUUCACCACAUAGCUCUGGUGGUCUUGCACAUCUCUGUGUAGACCAGACUGGCCUUCAUCUCACAGAGAUCUUCCUGGGUCUGUUGGAAUUGAUGUGUACCACUAAGCCCAACCAAUAUUUUUAUGUAUGAAAACCCCCUCAAAAUGCUAAUUGCAUCUGAUUCAGAAUAGAAACAUUACUGUGUGUUUGUAUGAAUGGAUUUGAAAGUCUAAUUCGUCCAUCAAUAAAACUUUAAAUAACUAUUCUCAAAUCUAUGUUGCUUUGAUGAUGACUGAGAAAGAAAAUUCAAAGCAUUGCAAUGAGAUAUGAGCCUUCUGGAAGUGAGGGAAGCCAUUAACUAGGAAUACAUGGUGACUUCCACAAGUCUUGAGAUUUAGGGUAAAGGCAACAAGCUGAAGUGCCUUUCCAUGUAAAAGUGUAUCUGAGUUGUGGUCAUUAAUGACCUUAAUGGUGUGUGAGGGGAUAUUGUCUUAGAAGGUUUGUCAGCCAAGACACUUUCAGAAUUUAAAUGAGAAAAAAAAUGUUCGUUUGUAUGUGUGUGGAUAUACACAUGCCACACGGUGCACGUGGCGGUCAGAGAACCGCUUCCAGAAGUUGGCUCUCUCUUUGUACCAUGCAGGUCCUAGGGAUAGGAUCAAAAAUUGAUCAUCAGGCUUGGCAGCAAGUGCCACCACCCACUGAACCGUUUUCCUGGGGUCUUUUGUUGGUUAUUAUUCUGUCUAUCCGAAGAUAAUUCUGUUAAUUGUUCUAAAGAACUGAACUCGGAUUUUGUGGCUUUUUUUUUUUUUUUUGAAUUGUGCUUCUGAUGUAGUCUGCAUUUUCUUUCCUUCCUUGAUGCUUACUGUGGAUCUGAACUCUGCUGUUUCCAUUAUCUUAAAGGGUAAAUUAGGUUAUUUCAUUGAUACGUUAGUUUCACAUCAGGAUAUUUGCAGUUGUAAGUUUGUCUUAAAUUUUGAAAUGACACUUUUACAUUUUCUUUCACUUCAUCUUAUGCUCCCCAAUUUUCAGUGCUAUGUUGAAUCCAAUUGUCCCUUAUUCCCGUGGUGUCUAAUUUGUACAAAUAUCUGAGUUUCUAAGUUUUUCCAUUCACUAAUGAUUUCACUUCUUGUGGUUAGGCAAUCUAUUUGGCAGGAUCCGGAUCCAUUAAAAGUUAUGUGCCCUUUCUUGUCUCACGGAGAACAAUAUGGAGAUGUUGAACACGGAUGCUUUUUUUUUUGUUUUCCAUUUGUGCAGUGUCUUUUAUAGAUGUUUAUUUAUCCUAGUUGACUUACAUCUUUGGUUAACUCUUCAAUUUCCUUGUCAAGCUUUUGCUUAUUAUUGAAAGUAAAUAUUGAAGUCUUUAACUACUAUUGUUAAAUUAUUCUUUUAUUAUUUUCUUUGCGCAUUUUAGAACUCUGUUGUUAAAGGUAUACAUAUUUAUAACUGUUUAAUUACUAUUAAAUUGUUCCUAUUUUAGUUUAUAUUCUUAGUGUUCUAGGAAUAUAUAUCAGAAACUAGAAUAUUAGUUAUUGAGAACUGAAUUUAGAUUUAUACCAACUUGAUUAUUAUGAUCUACUUAUUCCAAAAUAGCUCCAUGGCUUCUCUUUUUGUGCUAUAAUUGUGUGUGUGUGUGUAUGCAUAUAUACUUAUAUAUAUAUAUGCAUAUAUAUUUAUAUGUGCAUAUAUAUACAUACAUAUAUGUAUGCAUGUUAUCCUUUUCAUAUGUCCAAAGAUAUCAUCUUAAACAUCAAUUAAAGAUGUAUCAAAAAUAUAUUUUAGAAUUAUUAAUCUGUAUAUGUAUAUACUAAAGAAUCUAAGAAAAGAGAGUAAAUGCACAUUCACAGAGUUUCUUAGUCUUAUUUGUUGAUAUCCUUAUUUUCAUUUCAUUCCAGUGAUUCAAGUUACUGACUGUCAUUUUCUCACUCUAAUUUUGCUUUGUUCCCAUCUGCCUCUGUGCUGUUAUUGUGAAGGGAGCUGUGUAUGUGUGUAUUGAAGCUCUAAUCGUUCAAUAAUACAGUAUUGUCUUAUAUAGUUGCCUUUUGAUAUAAGUAAGAAAUGCCCAUUUAGCACUCCUUUAUAGUGACCUAAUUACAUUUUCUGAUGUUUUGUUGUUGUGUUAAUAAAGGUUCUGUCUAUCACAAA